CUUGAUCAGGGGAAGACCACUAUCAAAGAACAAGCAACGAGCACUUUGAGCUUUCCGGAUCUUUCUGUGACGCAAUUUAUACUGUUUGUCGGGCGGAGUUUGGCAUCUAUUCGCGACACGUAAGUUAAAAGAGUCUGUGUCCUCGGGUCAAUAGGCUCUUUUACUCUAGUAAUCAUUCAUAAUCUAAAUCACCGUUAUUAAAUAAACAAUGCCACCUAAAGCCGAUUGGGAAAAAUAUGAAAAAAACGUUGAAGACAGAGAAGAGGAAAAGAUCGUUGCCUUGGAUGAAAGUGAUAUUAAAAUCUUGACAACUUACGGUCAAGGACCAUAUACCAAAGAACUAAAAGCAUUAGAACAAGAUAUUAAAGAUAUUCAAAAGCGCGUCAAUGAACAUAUUGGUGUAAAGGAAUCUGACACGGGUUUGGCCGCACCUAACUUGUGGGAUAUUCCUGCUGACAAACAGAGAAUGCAAGAAGAGCAGCCUUUACAAGUUGCACGCUGUACAAAAAUUAUUCAAGGAGAAAAUAACGAAGAUCCAAAAUACGUCAUUAACGUAAAGCAAAUUGCAAAAUUUGUGGUGGAAUUGGUCAGACACGUUUCACCUACUGAUAUCGAAGAAGGCAUGAGAGUUGGUGUCGAUCGUACAAAAUAUCAGAUUCAGAUCCCAUUACCACCAAAAAUUGAUCCUUCUGUCACCAUGAUGCAGGUGGAAGAAAAACCAGAUGUCACUUACAGCGAUAUCGGCGGUUGUAAAGAGCAGAUCGAAAGACUUUGUGAAGUUGUCGAGUUGCCACUUCUUCAACCCGAAAGAUUUGUAAACUUAGGUAUCGAUCCUCCCAAAGGUGUGCUAUUAUAUGGCCCACCAGGUACAGGUAAAACACUUUGUGCUCGUGCUGUAGCAAACAGAACAGAUGCUACUUUCAUUCGUGUUAUUGGCUCAGAACUUGUGCAAAAGUAUGUCGGUGAAGGUGCACGUAUGGUUCGUGAAUUAUUCGAAAUGGCACGUACAAAGAAAGCUUGUAUUAUUUUCUUCGAUGAAGUUGAUGCUAUUGGUGGCGCAAGAUUUGAUGACGGUGCAGGUGGAGACAAUGAGGUUCAGCGUACUAUGUUGGAACUGAUUAAUCAAUUGGAUGGUUUCGACCCCAGAGGAAAUAUCAAGGUUUUGAUGGCCACAAACAGACCUGAUACUUUAGAUCCUGCUCUUUUGAGACCUGGACGAUUGGAUCGUCGUGUGGAAUUUGGUUUGCCUGAUUUAGAAGGCCGUGCACAUAUUAUGAGAAUUCAUGCAAAGAGUAUGAGUGUAGAACGUGAUAUUCGUUAUGAGCUAAUUGCAAGACUAUGUCCAAACGCAACUGGUGCUGAAUUAAGAAGCGUAUGUACAGAAGCUGGUAUGUUUGCUAUUCGUGCGAGAAGAAAGGUAGCUACAGAGAAGGACUUUUUGGAAGCAGUUAAUAAGGUCAUAAAAGGAUAUCAAAAAUUCUCCAGUACACCAAAGUAUCUUAUGUGGAAUUAGUUGCGUAUUAUUUUGUAUUUCCCUUAUUCGUACUUUGUCAAUAUAUAUUCACUCAAUAAACAUACAAAAAAAAAGUGUAAAACAAAAGGUACAGCCCUUUAUCACAACCCCU